AUGAUUCUUUCUUGUCUCUCCGUUGUACUGUGGUGGAGUUCAUUUCUCCUUACUGGUGCACGGUUACCUGGUGUAUACAUGGAUCUUGGUGUCGCAGAGGUAAGUAAUGUGUCAUGUUCUCGUGUAAAUAUUGGAGGAAUACAGGGAAACUUUAACGCCUCAUCAUGGGAUUUUUCAACAUUAGAUCCCUCAGACAUUUCGUGUAGUAUGUCACUUAAUAUGAGUAAUAAACUCUCUAUAUUGCAUAGUAAUAUACGUCUUGAAUCCGCAAAAGUAAAUCUCUCCAAAAUUGUGGAUAAAUCCUGUUUUAGUACUAACAGUAGAGUAGAGAUGUGUGAGUUUGUGCCGAAAAUUGGUGAAUUGAAACUUGAACCACCUAACCCGUUUCUACAGGGGUUACUAAAUAAUAUGAAAAAAGCUCUUGAGAAACAGGCAACUGAUCUCGUAUGUAAUUCAGGAAUUGAAUAUAUUCAGCAGGAGAUGCAAAAUCACACGAUAGAUCCACCAAUGUCACACCCUCAGCUUAGCCCUAAUGCUACAACCCUGGAGAAUUCACGAAUGGUACGGGCUCUCGUUAAUGUAUUAAAUAGUGCUCCGGUAGUAUUUGGUAUUGAUUUUGGAGCAUCUAUACAAGAUGGAAACACAUUGCAUUUGGAUAUUGGUUUUCCUAAUGGUUUACAUUUUAUCUUUGAUGAUUCAACUAUAAACGAUUUGUAUAUGGAAAAAAUAAAAGGUAUUUUCAAUGCAUUUCAUAUUCGUUAUAUUUUGGAUUCUCUAUUGAAAAACCUUCCAGAGAUUAAAGAUGGUUUUUUGGGAAUGGAUAUUUCAAACCCUUUUAAUGUAUCUUUUGAAAUCUUUUUUCAUGAUUUACAGUGUGAUGAAGAAGGUUUCUAUUGCAGUGUACCACUUUCUGGUGGUAUCACUUUUGGAAAUAUCCGAACUCAAAAUCUUGGUGAGUGGGAUCGUCUAAUCACAAGUAUUUUGGGUCCCUUUUUGGCCCCGGUAAUAGAUGCUAUUUUUGAUGAAGUUGUAAGUACAAACAAUACGAAUGAUUCACGCUUUUACAUUCCUGUACUUGAUGAAGAAACUAUUACGAGAAGACCUUCUACUGCAGUCAUAAUUUCUACAGUUAUUAUAGUUGUGCUUUUUACUGCUGUUAGUAUUGGAUUAAGUUUCUAUAAUUAUUAUCAUCGAACUAAAGUUGUGAAUUGUGAAGGUGUUCCAAUAUCGUUAAAACGAGUACUACUGGAGGAUUCAAUUUUAAUUUUCUUAACUGUUAUAUCGACUCUUGGAUUUACGUGGUCUAUCGCCACAUCUAUCUCUACACUUGUAGUUGGUGGUGAAUUACACGUAAUAUCCUUAACAUUAUUUGAUACUACGAAAAAAAUGUAUAAAUCUGGAAUGCAUUUUUUUUCUAUUCUAACGUUCAUUUUCAGUGGAGUGUACCCGUAUGUUAAAUUAAUCGCAAUUGUUGUCUGUACUCUUGUUUUACAAAAACCAGAGAUGCUUUUACUGAAAACAAUUAACUAUAUUGGAAAGUUUUCACUUCUUGAUUCCUUUGCUUUCGUCGUGAUGACGGUUGGAUUAGAACUACAAGGUAUUGCUGAACUACAAUUUCUAUCUGGUUUUUAUGUCUUCCUCUCAUCAACACUUCUUUCGAUGUUUGUGGGUAAUUAUGCUACAAUUAUUUGGCGUCGUAAUACUUCAUUACGUCGAAUAAAUGUUGAACGAGAACCAGCAGAAUCUGGUAUCAUCGGUGAUUCUCUUGGUAAAAACAAUGUUGAGGAUAGUAAAAAUCUAAAGAUAACUGAAUGGAGAAAAAAACGUGUGAUAUUGGCUAUAUUGAAUGGUGCUUUUAUCCUCGCCUGUACUCUUCCCGCUUGGGUGGUCCCAUGCAUUGGGUACCGACUAGGAGGAUUGGCGUUUCUCGUUCGUCCAGAUGAUUUGGAGGUAUCACUUUCUUCUAUUGCCGCAACAAAUUUCCUUUUCUUGAUAACAUGCAUCUUUACUAUAGGAAUAGUUCCGUUAUUAUACGUCAUUGUGUAUCCAAAUAUGUUUUUCUUAUCAUCAUGGAGUGCAUCGGAUGCUUUAUUGGUGGCAUGUUUUGCUGGUUUUCUUCAAACAGGGCAACUUGUGGAUUAUAUGCUUGGAACCGAUAUGCGGCAUUUCCUCGAAGCGGAGACUUAUCUACGCUGGCCGCUUAUUCUUCUUGUCUUUUCCACCGUCUGGCAAUGGGCUUUGGUGAUUGAAAAUACCUUUCACGUAGUCCAGCGAAUGCGGAUUUGUAUAUCGAAAUGUAGAUCUAGUGAGUAG